UCUAGGGCAAGAGAUUCUCGCGACAGGCGAUCGUCUCGCUUGCGCGCCAUCAGCUCCGGCGCCGUCGAUCCAUCUCCGUGCUCUCCAGAUCUUGCCGCCAUGGCGGGCGCCAUUGCUAACAGCAAUCUCCCGCGGCGCAUCAUCAAGGAAACUCAGCGAUUACUGACGGAGCCAGCUGAAGGUAUCAGCGCUUCUCCUGCCGAAGAUAAUUUGCGAUACUUCAGUGUGAUGAUUCUUGGCCCCGCUCAGUCACCGUAUGAAGGCAAGAUUUCAUUGUUACUUUGUUCUUCCUCUGAGCUACUGUGUUUCUUCUCAGGUGGCGCGUUCAGGCUGGAGCUCUUUCUUCCGGAGGAAUACCCGAUGGCUGCCCCAAAGGUUCGCUUCUUGACGAAAAUCUACCACCCGAACAUCGACAAGCUGGGCCGGAUCUGUUUAGACAUUUUGAAAGACAAAUGGAGCCCCGCUCUUCAGAUUCGCACUGUGCUCUUGAGUAUUCAAGCUCUUUUGAGUGCUCCAAAUCCUGAGGAUCCCCUGGACGAGAACAUCGCCAAGCACUGGAAGACAGACCAAGGAGGAGCAAUCGCAACUGCAAGAGAGUGGACCCAACUCUACGCUACCUCCAAUUAAAUCAAUGGCUCGGAAAGUCCCCGUUCGUUCGUCUAGUUUUUUCUGCUUUGGUUCUUUGUAAAAAUAGUGUAAACACUAGCUACAAACCUGAUGCUUGAAUGUCGUAUUUGUAGGGAAAUAACAAUAACAUUUCUUUUUCUAUGAAA